GAACCCUCCCACUCUCAGAAGAGUGACACGCCAUUCAAUUUCUGCUGCCUGGCCCUGUGGAUAUAGGAAGCAGGGGAGAGGGAGCUCGGAGCGUUUCUUUGCUGAAGAAUUCCUCACUACCCGGUAAGAAAACAAGACCGCAUCUGCGCCGCGCAACAACAAAAGAGCACACGUCUCCCGAAACGCGUCGACAUGGGGAUCCGAAAAAAGACCAACAAGAAUCCGCCGAUUCUCAGCCAUGAGUUUGUCAUCCAGAACCAUGCAGAUAUUGUUUCCUGUGUUGCUAUGGUGUUCCUGCUCGGGCUGAUGUUCGAGGUCACCUCAAAGUUUGCAGUGCUUUUCAUAACUGUCCAGUACAAUGUCACCAUAUCAUCAACUGAAGCCCCGGAGGAGACGGCGGUGAACCACUUCCACCACGGCAUCAAGGACCUGGCAACCGUCUUCUUCUACAUGCUGGUGGCCAUCAUCAUGCACGCCAUCAUCCAGGAGUACGUGCUCGACAAAAUCAACAGGAAGAAGCACUUUUCCAAAACCAAGCACAGCAAGUUCAAUGAGUCGGGCCAGCUCAGCGCCUUCUACCUGUUCUCCUUCGGCUGGGGCGCUAGCAUCCUGCUUUCGGAAAACCUCCUGUCCAAUCCGGUCAAGCUGUGGGAGGAUUAUCCACAUACACUGAUGCCAUUCCAGAUGAAAUUCUACUACAUUUGUCAGAUGGGCUACUGGUUACAUGCUCUCCCUGAAAUGUAUUUCCAAAAGACAAAGAAGGAGGAUAUCCCACGCCAGCUUGUGUACAUCUUCCUGUAUCUGGUCCACAUUGCUGGCGCCUACAUUCUCAAUCUGAAUCGCCUGGGCCUGGUCCUGCUAGUGCUGCACUACUUCGUCGAGCUUCUGUUCCACGUUUCCCGCCUGGUCUACUUCAGCAACGAGAACAGGCAAACGGGCUUCACCAUAUGGGCCGUCUUGUUCGUCCUUGGGCGGCUGCUCACCCUGUCCCUGUCUGUCCUCACCGUGGGCUUUGGCCUCUCCACAGCUGAGAGUCAAGGCUUUGAUUUGGCUGCAGGAAACUUUAAUGUUGUCUUUGUUAGGGUAACCGUCCUGGCCGCCAUCUGCCUCACACAGGCCUUUAUGAUGUGGAAAUUUAUCAACUUUCAGCUGCGCCGGUGGAGAGAGCACGGCCAGACGCAGACCUUGAAAAAGAAACAGGCUCCUUCCAAGAGCAGAUCAAAGAAAGACAAAGCCAACGGAGUUAAUGGAGUGAACUCUCACGGAGCCGAUUCACCAAGAGCAAGAAAGGAGAAGUCCUCGUAAGAACAUUCCCCUCAGUCCUUCCUAUCAGAGAAACAUGUCCCCCCUCGACACCUUUUGUGGCCACCAACACGCAACAACAGAUACUACAACGAUUUCCAGCGCAGCCCCCCCCCCCACGCAGGACUGACCUCAGAGCUGGACUUCAAGGGCCAUUCAGCUUCGCUCGCCGCCAGUCGUCCAAAGCGCCUUCGUUUUCUCAAUCUUUGCCCUGCUGUGCCAUUUCAAAAGAAAACCAAUUAAGAAAUAAACUCUAUAUGAAAUUUAAAAAAAAAAAAAAAACAAACAAAAAAAAAGAAAAGGAAAAAAAAGUAUUUAAGAAGUGCCUAUUGAUGCGGAUUGUUUUGUACAAAGUGUGUAAUUCUGAAAUUUCAGGAAUGAUCACUUCAGUGUUUAAUCCCAGUUCAGGGUAAUUUCAUAUUUCAUGCUUUUUCUAAAACCUGUGUAUCGCAGCUUGUCUUUAUUUUUUUUUUCUUCCUCCCCUCCUCUUUUUUUUCCCUUGUAUUUAUAACUACUACUAGCUCCUCCUAUUUGCCGCUGACUCCAGUUUUGUAGACGUUAUAUGGAGUUUGUGACUUACCUUGUAAUGUCUCUUGUUUUUCCGCGUGAGUCAAGGUUGCAAAAAAAAAAAAAAAAAAAAUCUUGCCAAUUUCCAUCCUUAAAAUACAACUGGCCUCUCGCUAAAUACUCUUAUACACUCACACAGCAAUACAUUGACAGUGCUCGCUCUGCUGCUACAGAGGGACAUCAAGCGAAACUAUGGAAGUAGCUGUUGAUAAUAUUCUCUCACUUAUGUAAUAAGACUGUACAGACGCAACCGAGGAAAAAAAAAAACAAGAGACGUCAGGCUGUGAUGUUGUAACAUUCACUGAGCAGUAUUGCGUUAGACUGCCAGUAGAGACGUAGUAACCUGAUGUAGCAUUUAGUCAUCAGACCAGCUCUGUAGUAUCAGGCAGCAUCCUGCCAGGAAUUUAUACCAAAUCUAUUGCAUCUAUAAUGAAUAAACACAGAUCAUGUUUUAGUUUCGGAUGAUGUGACUUUUGUAAGAGAUGGAAUCCGACAAAACAUUCCCCCUUUCGUGUUGUUCAGCGUUGUUUGACUGAAAUUGGGAGUGCCGCUGUAUUUGUUUGGCCUUUUUUUUUUUGUUUUGUUUUUUUUGCCUACCUUCAGAAAAUGUCCACCAGAAUGAUUUGUUAAAGAAGCGCAGAGCCGCUGUGAAUGAACUUCAUUUUGGUUUGGCUGUUUUAGCUCGCUGCCCUCUGUUGACUGUGCUGGAUGAGUCCGACUGUUGAUACUGUACAUGCCAAGCUGCGGAGUAGCGGCCAAUCGCGUUCACCUGUUGUAGGUAACCAUUCAAAUUUUGAGGUACAUACUCGUGAGUCCAUGAUGCCUGCAGCAGUAUGUGUUUUUUUCAAUGCCCUGAGGAUUUAUUCUGGAAAGUAAUAAAAGUCUUAAAAUGUU